AUUUAACUGAUAUGCAGUAGAAAUGUAUAAAAUAAUCAUUUGUAUUUUUCUUGCCGCAAUUGUAUUGGAAGUCAGGGACGAAAAGUUAAAUGGUGACAGAUAUUCAGAAGCUGUAGACUUACUUAAUAAUGUUUUGUAUCAGUUGCGCCGCAGAAAUGGACCUUAUUUAACUCUUAUAGGUGUCGAAGCUGCUUAUUAUUAUAUACCACAAAUCGAUUAUAGUUUUGAUACGCUUAUGUUGUUGCCAGGUGGUAAUGUUUUCAUCGAAAUGUGUACAGUGGAAAUUUCAUUAAAUCUACUUGAGAAAAAAACUACUUUAAUUAUAAUUACUUGUAAUGGUCAGGAAUCGGCUAGACAAGUAUUAAAUGGAACCAUUGAAGUUUGAAUAAAAUUGAAAAAAUGCGUUUUUCAAGCUUUUUACAUG